CCUCUUCUUCGCAUCCUCCUCCAAGCCCCAAGACUCUGUCGCAGCAGUAAACCUGACCCUUUUUACACUCGCACCGGUCCGGAAAAACAGCAAUCAUGGGUUUCAGCGAAGUUGAUCAGCUCGCUAUCAACACGAUCCGUGUGCUGGCCGCUGAUGCGACCGCUCACGCCAACUCGGGCCACCCGGGUGCGCCAAUGGGCAUGGCACCCGUCGCCCAUGUUCUCUUCAAUAAAUUCAUGAGGUUCAACCCCAAGAACCCCAAUUGGGUCAACCGGGAUCGCUUCGUCCUGUCCAACGGGCAUGGCUGCAUGCUUCAGUAUGCCCUCCUCCACCUCUAUGGGUAUGAGCUCUCUAUCGACGACCUGAAGGCCUUUCGCUCGGUCGACAGCAUAACCCCUGGCCACCCCGAGGCUCACGACACCCCCGGCGUCGAGGUCACCACCGGCCCGCUCGGCCAGGGUAUUAGCAAUGCCGUUGGUCUCGCCAUGGCUCAGGCGCACACCGCUGCCGUCUUCAACAAGCCCGGCUUCGACCUGAUUGACAACUACACAUACUGCUUCCUCGGCGAUGGCUGCUUAAUGGAGGGUGUCUCGGCCGAGGCUUGCUCUCUGGCCGGCCAUCUCCAGCUUGGUAACCUCAUCGCCAUAUGGGACGACAACAAGAUCACCAUUGAUGGUGACACCAACCAGGCCUUUACCGAGGACGUCGUGAAGCGGUACGAGGCGUAUGGGUGGCAAGUUCUGACGGUUGAGGACGGCAACCACGAUCUCGAGGGCAUCGCCGCAGCCAUCAAGAAGGCCCAGGAGGUUAAGGACAAGCCCACCCUCAUCCAGCUCAAGACCAUUAUUGGUUUCGGCUCCAAGCAGCAGGGCACCCACGGCGUCCACGGCUCUCCCCUCAAGGCGGACGACAUCAAGCAGCUCAAGCAGCAGUUCGGCUUCGACCCGGAGCAGAGCUUUGUCGUGCCCCAGGAGGUGUACGACCUCUGCCACAAGGUGGCCGCCUCUGGCGCUGCGCUCGAGGAGGAGUGGAACAAGCUGUUCGCCAAGUACGGCGAGCAGUACAAGGCCGAGCAUGACGACCUCGUCCGUCGUCUGAAGGGCGAUCUUCCCGAGGGCUGGGAGAAACACCUCCCCACUUACACCCCUGCAGACUCUGCUGUUGCGUCGAGAAAGCUCUCCGAAAUCGUUCUCAGCAAGAUCUUCGAUGCCAUCCCCGAGCUGGUGGGCGGUUCCGCCGACUUGACGGGCUCCAACCUGACGCGGACCAAGGGCGCCAUCGAUUUCCAGCCCCCCGCGACUAACCUUGGCACCUAUGCUGGCCGCUACGUCCGCUACGGUGUGCGCGAGCACGGCAUGGGCGCUAUCAUGAACGGGCUGGCUGCCUACGGCACCAUCAUCCCCUAUGGCGGUACCUUCCUCAACUUCGUCUCAUAUGCCGCUGGCGCUGUCCGCCUGUCGGCUCUUUCCCGGGUGCGCCUCAUCUGGGUUGCCACCCACGACUCGAUCGGCCUCGGCGAGGACGGCCCGACUCACCAGCCUAUCGAGACGCUGACGCACUUCCGUGCUCUGCCCAACUGCAUGGUCUGGCGCCCGGCCGACGGCAACGAGACCAGCGCCGCUUACUACGUCUCCCUUAUCUCCAAGCACACCCCCAGCAUCAUUGCUCUCUCUCGCCAGAACCUGCCACAGCUUGAGGGCUCUCUCAUUGACAAGGCCGUCAAGGGCGGUUAUGUGCUUCAUGAGGAGGAGAAGGCCGAUAUCACGCUCGUUUCGACCGGCUCCGAGGUGUGCAUCUGCAUUGAUGCCGUCAAGGAGCUCGCCUCAAAGCACAACAUCAAGGCCCGCGUUGUCUCGAUGCCCUGCUUCGAGGUGUUCGACACGCAGCCCAAGGAGUACCAGCUCAGCGUUCUCCCCGACGGCAUCCCGUCGCUGUCUGUUGAAGUCAUGAGCACCAUGGGCUGGGAGAGGUACACUCACGAGCAGUUUGGCCUCAACCGCUUCGGUGCGUCUGGCGCGUACAAGGAUGUGUAUAAGAAGUUUGAGUUCACCCCUGAGGGCAUCGCCAAGCGGGCCAUCGCUACCAUCAACUUCUGGAAGGACGUGCCUAACAUCCGGUCGCCCAUCAACCGCGCCUUCCAGCAGAUUCUCUAACUUGAGGACGCCGAGGAGGAGCAGGCGCAUAUCUCGCGAACAGCGGUAUCGAGUCGGAGAUAUAGCGAUAGACAUGUCUUGGUGCAGAAGGAAAAGCAUCGAAUGUGAUGCAAGAAACCAUCGGAAGGCUAUGUCUGGUGUUGUCGGAAUACGGCGGUUUGAACAGUUGCCCUUACGAUUUUGGGAGCAAAUAGACUUUUGUGUUUCCAUCAGCUCCUGUGCAAUGACACCGGUUUCUUGCCAUGGGCUUCAUGAAAGAAAGGCCUUGCUUCUUUUCGCGCUGCUGUGCUCGAGUGCAAGGAUGUGAAAGGGCGACAAGACGGCGUA